AUCAGCGCCACUCAAUCUGCCUCGGUCUGCUGAGGUGAGCUCACUCUAGUGAUUGUCUAGUGAUUAGUGACCAGUGUCGUGUUACACAGUGUCAGUUAGUGAAGUAGUGCAGUUUGUUUACUGUGUACACUCUGGGUAAUGCCACCAGACAUGGCGAUUUCCAUGAGACACACGAAGCUGAAGGCUGAGGAGGCAGCUCUGCUGGCUGGCGAGCUGAACAAACCCUCCUGGGAGUCCAAGAAUGAGGGCAUCCACGAGAGAGUCAGCUUUGAGGACACCAUAUGGGGCUUCGAUCUAGCUGGUGGCAUAUUUUAUAAGACACCGUUGCGAGUUACUUUCGUAAAACCAGAGAGCAGGGCCGAGAAGGCUGGUAUAAGACCUGGAGACAAGCUGCUGAGGAUCAAUGACCUGGACACCUCGACCCUCACCAUCCAGCAGGCGCAUGACAUCAUCGUCGAGUCUGGCAUCCAUCUGAAGCUGUCUGUCACCUCGCCCGAUGAUGAAGAAGAUGCCUACUACUGCUAUGAGGAUCCUAUAGUCGACGGUUACGACAGUGAGGAGGAGAGACGGCUAGAAGAAGAGAGGGCCAAAAAGAGGAGAGUGUGCGCUAGAGUGAGCCACUACUGGAGUUUGCAAUGGCCUUGGGUUAGCAAGAGGAGGCUUAUAUAUAGGGAAUCGAACUGUUUCAUGGUGCCUAGCAAAUAUGAAGAAGCCCGCAGGGACAAAUAUCCACCUCAGCCAGUACUCCGAUACACCGACGACAUUGUUCUAUAUCACCCGGAUGGAGAAAAUCAAGAUAAUACGAAACGUAUACCUUCAUUGUGGGAAGUCAAGCAAAAGGCUAGGAAAGAAAGACAAGAACGGUUAAAGAAAGGAUACGCAGCAAGCGAAGCAUCAGAUAUUAGUGAGGAAGUACCAGUCAGCAAAAAUGAUCAUGAAGAAGAAGAAGAAGAACUAGAAGAACCUCCCCCACAGACACAGAAGUCUAGAAGAUCAACAUUAAAGGUGGAACGACAGGAAACGAUAGACGAAUCUAAAGAGAACGAAGAGGAAGAGUCAUCUAGAAUUGAAGAAGAAGAAAUGGAUGGCGCUGUAGCUGAUGAUGAAAAUGAAGAAAUGAAUGUAAACAAGAAAGAAGAAGUAAAUGAUGAAAUGAACGAAGAAAUGAUUGAAGCAGAAGAUUCCGCAACCAAAGAAGUAGAACCUAGCGAAUUAAAUGCAGUUUCUGAAAUAGAUGAGGACAAUAAACAAGUACCUGAAGAAAGUGCACAAGUUGAAAGUAACGUAGAUAGUGACAAUGUCGAAAUGGUAAAUGGUGAAGUAAAUGACGAUGAAAUACUAAAUGAAGUGCUGGGCAAGGCAGGUGACGUGGCGGCGAGAAGCGACGAAGACAACAUCUUGGACAGUAUCCUAAGUGAUGAGGGACAGAACUUGGAGAAUUCCGAAUCUAAUAACGAAAGAUAAAAGGUUCAUUGUUCCUUAACCUUGUUUGCAUGUACCCUUGUCUAGUCCUUAGAAGGCUAGACAUUGAGUGACGAAAGCAGAUGGGUAUUAGAUUAGGUACCAUUCCACUUGUCAAUGAUGAAUGCUCAAUUAUCACCUUCAUGUAUUUAGCAUUUAUCAUGAGUACUAUUGUAAAGGAACAUGUUAGUUAAUCAUUCCUUAUUUAUAGCCAUAGAUGAAGCGAUGUCGAAACUUAUCGUCUUUAAAUAAGAUGUGAUUAGUGUCAUUACAAUUGGUUCAAUGACUAAUUGGGAUUCCGGUCAAUCGAUCGUGAAUUUGAAUCCGUGCCAAGCUCAUUGUGGUAAACACAAUGUUGCCAGCUAUAAAUUAAACGAAGUACAAACUGUAGUUAACUUUGUAGCAGAAUAGAAUAAAAAUAUAUUUUUAAGUAAAUUUUGAAUCUAAAAUAAAAUAUAUUAAACCCAACACGAUUUAUUUAAAUGUAAAGUUGUUUAGAAUUAUUCAAGAGAUGACGUUAGCCUGUGGUUAAGUAAAAAAUAAUGUUGCCAUUAAAAAUAUUUAAAUCCU